AUGUAUAUGAGUGAAAGAAAACGACAUGCGUUGUCCCGCAAGAGAACGAUCCCGCCAAAACCACUGAUAAUCGUCGAGCAGACGGUUCCAGCAGCAGACGAACCACUUCCGCUCUGGCAGAAACUGUGCUUCGCCGUAGGGGGCGCACCAUAUCAGACGACAAACACAGUGAUCAACUUCUUCAUUUCCAUUAUUCUGUUUGAGGUGGCAGAGAUAGAACCCUACUACGUUUCGAUUAUCAUGUUCACGGGCAAGGCCUGGUAUGCCGCCACGGACCCCACGUGCGGGUUCCUCGUGCACAGAAAAGACACGCGCUUCGGCAAGUUCCGGCCAUGGAUAUUGUUUUCGGCUCCAUUCUCGUGUGGCGCCUAUUUCUGUCUUUGGUAUGUCCCGAAUUUCUCCGUGGAGGGAAAGUUCGCCUGGUACUUCUGCUUCUACUGCAGCUUUCAGAUGUUCCUGUCGGGUCUCACCGUUCCGUACACAUCUAUGACGAUGACAGUGACGUCAUCACAAAAAGACGGGAUUCAGUUACCAGCGUAUCGCAUGGUGUUGGAGGCAGUGGGAGUGCUGGUAUCCGUACUGGUGCAGGGACAGCUGGUCGCCAAGUACCGGAAGACCGGGGACUGCGGAAAGGCAGGGGAGAUAACUGACCAGAUGCUAAAAGAUGAGAAGUGGUCGUACGUGCUGGGCGCCAUUAUCGUGGUGUCCGCCUACCUGCUGUGCGCAUGUACCGUGUUCUUUGGCUCCAAAGAGAAGCCAGGUUUCACGACUGCUGAGACGAGCGGUUUCUUCUCCGGAGCUCGUCAAGUCAUCACAUUCAAACCGUACAUGCUUCUGUGUGCGAGCUUCAUGUUUCAGUCACUGGCCAUUGCCAUUGUGCAAGGUAACCUGGCCCUGUACUGCACGCACGCGGUGGACAUGUCUGACCAGUUCUCCACCAUCAUCCUCGUACUUCUGAGCGUGGUUCAAUUGUUUGUAUUCGUAGGCAUGGUGUUGGAGGCAGUGGGAGUGCUGGUAGCCGUACUGGUGCAGGGACAGCUGGUCGCCAAGUACCGGAAGACCGGGGACUGCGGAAAGGCAGGGGAGAUAACUGACCAGAUGCUAAAAGAUGAGAAGUGGUCGUACGUGCUGGGCGCCAUUAUCGUGGUGUCCGCCUACCUGCUGUGCGCAUGUACCGUGUUCUUUGGCUCCAAAGAGAAGCCAGGUUUCACGACUGCUGAGACGAGCGGUUUCUUCUCCGGAGCUCGUCAAGUCAUCACAUUCAAACCGUACAUGCUUCUGUGUGCGAGCUUCAUGUUUCAGUCACUGGCCAUUGCCAUUGUGCAAGGUAACCUGGCCCUGUACUGCACGCACGCGGUGGACAUGUCUGACCAGUUCUCCACCAUCAUCCUCGUACUUCUGGUCACUGCAAUUUUAGCCAUGCCUUUGUGGCAAAUAUGCGUCGGGAAAUUUGGAAAGAAGUCAACGUUUGCCGCUGGGAUGAUUUUGUUAAUACCAGCGCUGAUCAGUUUGAUGUAUAUACCAAAGUACGUUAUGUACCCGGUAGUUGUGAUAGCGGGCGUGGCAGUGUCAGUGGCGUUGCUGCUACCAUGGUCGAUGUUACCUGACGUGAUUGGCGAGUUCUAUCUGCAGCACGGGACCAGGAAGGAGUCCAUCUUCUACUCCUUCUACGUCUUCUUCAACAAACUCUCCAUGGGCGUAGGACUGGGAAUCUCACAGGCCGUCCUCGGCAUUGGCGGCUAUAAAACCGGCGAAUGCGUGCAGCCGAGCUCAGUUGGGCUGGCCCUUAAGAUGCUCAUGGUCCCGGGCCCCGUCGUGAUGACCUUGGUCGCCCUCGUUGCUCUCUGGUUUUACCCCAUCGACGAGAGUCGGCGUCGGCACCUCAAGGACGAGAUUAAACGACGGAUCGAGUCUAGAUCCAGCACGUUGAUCAAGCCACAGUCCAAUACACACCAGGAAUAUGCCAGUGUUAGUUACCGGAGCAUAACAGAGAGUUCAGGAGUAUAAAAUACCCAAUCAUCCAAGUUCCGGCGUAAAGAACACUUUUCAACCAUAUUGGCAAAUACUUUGAUACUAGUUUAUAAAAAUAAUAAUUACUGUCCAAAAAUUCGAUUAUUUACAUACUAAAAAUGUGAAAUUUAGACACUUGUGUACAGAUUUUUAUGCUCCCCCCCC